AUCUAAAAGCAAAAAUCCAAGCCACAAGAACCCAAAUCAAACCCUUUGUCUUUUUUUAUUUUAUUUUAAAUUUGUAAUUCCCCAUUACCCCAAUAAUUAUAUGGCCAUGGCUUCAAUUCCUGAUCAAUUCUACCAUGAUGAUCAGUAUACAUCCUUGGCAGCUCCUCCUCCAACGACGCCGUCUGUGGGCAUUGGCUGGGGAGAUGAAACUGCUGAUGAUAAUUUAGUUCCUUUGUUGGAGGAUGAUAAUUUUGGGGCUCUUCAUCAUCAACCUUAUACUCAUCCUAAUCAAUAUUAUUGUUCUUCUAAUGUUAUUGAUUCGGCUACCUGGUCGUUUCCUCAACAAGACAUGCUACCGCCGUUUCCUUCCGCCCAUUCCCAUCAGAAUAAUAAAAAUGCAAGAGGAUCAUCGUGUCAAGAUUUUAAUUCCCAUCUUGGAUGUCAAUUACCAGAUCAUCAAUUAUUCUCUGAGUUUCACGACGAUUGUUUCGGAUUGGUGCCUGAGAUCAAACCAUCAUUUUAUAAUAAUCCUCUCCCUACGCAUAAUUGGGACAACCAAAGCAAUCAAGUUUCUGUAGCUGAGGACUCAAACAUGAAAGUCGGCCGCUAUUCUGAAGAAGUAAGAAAAGAAAGGAUUCUGCGUUAUUUGAAGAAAAGAAACCAAAGAAAUUUCAACAAAACCAUCAAGUAUGCAUGUCGGAAAACCUUAGCGGACAGAAGAAUUCGAGUCCGAGGCAGAUUUGCAAGGAAAAAUGAAGCAAUAUCCGAUCAAGAACUUAAUCCAACGAUAAAGAACAAUGACACUACUAUUCAAAAAGACACUGAAUUACUAUACAACCACCAUGAUUUUGGUGUCCAGAUGAAAGGGGAUGAGGAAGAAUGGCUACAAGAUAUCUCGAGCCUAAUGUAUCUACCAUAUAUCAGUAGUUGAGAUAUGGAAAUUGAUGAAGAUGAUCAAAAGGAGCAGCACAAAAAGAGGAAAUUCUUCAAAUAUUUUAAUUAUUAUAAUUGGUGGUGGUAGCUAUAUAUAUAUAUAUAGCUUAUUUUAAUUAAUUAAAUAAUGGACCAAUUAAAACUGUUCCGAACUAUGUGUUAAUUUUAAUUUUAAGGACAUUCCUAGAAUUUUGAAACAUAGGAGAGACUAAUACACACAAUAUAACGAAUCUAAUGAUGUUUUGACCUCGUCUUUUGAGAUCGAUUAACUAAUUUUAAUGAAUGAUUUUAUCUCAAA